AUGCAAUCCAAUGAAGAGGGGCACAGUUUUUGGAUGCUUACUUCGCAGGUGUGUUUCUAUGCGGCCUAUGGCACGACAGGAUUGGCGGCGGUGUGGUUUGCAGCCGUCAACUUCGUCGGUGAUGAGGCCUACCAUCCCCUGGACUUCUUCUCCAACAAGAUGAGAACCAGGCCAUACUGGUACCUUGCAGUGGUUGCUGCCACAGGUGGGCUGCUAGGCCUUGAUAUGGCCAGCGGCUAUUUGGAGGAGCUGUCCAAUGCUCUGCCAGAGUUGGUGGUUUGUACCAACCUCCAGGGCUUUGUGUUGGUGGGCACGAUGAUGUUUUCCGAGUCUGCUGGCGCAGCCAUGGUGACCAUGCUGGCCCACAUGAUUGUAACAAAAGGAUUUGUCGUUGUAAUUACUAUUCCGACUGCACCCUUCAUGCCGGGAGCCGUGUACUCCAAUGCCUACUUCCUGAUGUACAUCUUCUUCGUUUUCUUCCUAAAGGUGGGUGCCGAGCGACAUGCUCGACAUCUGGUCAAGAUCGAGUUUCAGUCAAAGUUCGUGCUGCCAGACGGGGCCGAGCGCGUUCCAAAGUUGUGGGCGCGCACCGUGCUGCGCGGCUGCCCGGUGCUCUUGCUUGUCACCGACAUCCUGUUUCUUGCAGUCUAUUUGAUGUCACGUGGAGAGUAUGGCAAAACGAUUACAAUCCUCUAUUUCAUUACCGCUCUUGGAAUGCUCCUGGGCUGUUGUUCACAGUACAAAUCUGGCACGACGGUGGAGUGA